AUGGCACCGCUCAAGCCGCACUGGACACAGCCGUCCCACCCUCACCUCCUGCAAGUCAUCGUCAGUGACAGCGAGGCCGAAUUCACCUCCAAGAGCGUCUCCACGGCCACCGCGGCCCCCUUCGGCGUCGUCGCGAAGCUGUCCUUCCCCCCGUGCACCCUGGCCGACGAGCCGGCCUACUCCACGGUCCAGAUCGGCCGGAACAGGCACCUCGAGCUCAACAGCGAUCUGCUGUAUCUCAACCACUCCUGCGAGCCUUCUCUGAUCAUCGAUACGGCCAACAUGACCGUCCUGGCUGGGCCCCAGGGCCUAAAGCCCGGCGAUGAGCUGACUUUCUUCUACCCCUCCACGGAAUGGGACAUGGCACAGCCCUUCGACUGCUUCUGCGGCUCGGCCGCCUGCCGCGGCAAGAUCGCCGGCGCCAAGGACAUGGCGCCCGAGCAGCUCGAGGGCCUGCCGGGGCCGGGGGAUAUGCGGCCCCGGGAAGACGGCCACCGCGGGAGCCUCCUUCCUGCCGACGUCGGCGGGGCGGACGACCCGACCGCCCGAGCGCUUAGGGACGCCCUGGGCCACGCCGAGAAGGUCGUCGAGGCGGCCCGGGCGGCCCUGCUGGGCUACGCCGGCGCGGCUGCGCGCCGCGGCCCUACGUCUCGGGAGCUGGGCGGCGAGAUGGGCGGCGACACGGUCGUGGCUUGA